UUGCCAUAACCUGACAUAGUGGGGGCAUUGCCUUACGGUGGUCCGCUGAAUAUGGAGAGGCGGCUUCACACAGAGGCAAGUUGACAGACACUGUUGACAAACAACUGAAGACUCACGGAGUCAAGAGGGCACAUGUGAUCCUGUGUCCUCACGUGUGUGUUGUCUGACAUCUCGUCUGACUUCUCGUGACUAAAGUUCCAUCAUCCAGUGACAGUUGGUUGUGUCGCUCCGACAUGCUACAAUGUCUACUAGUAGCUAUCUCGACAACUGCAUGGUAGUCUGACGCGAGUAACUGCAACAAUUUUACUGCCUUUCAAAUGGUUUGACAACAUAAGGGAGGACCUCUGCACCACUUGAACUUAGACAACGUCAACCCACAGGACAGAGGCAAGUGGCGGGCUACCAUCAAGCCUCAGUACCACAGUGCAAGCACGUCUAAGACGGGGAACAACAGACGAUAAACCGGACAGUGAGUGAGAGAGUUUCUGAAGUAGCAACGUAGUGAGAAACAAUGAAUUGGAAGGCGCUCCUAGGACUGGCGAUAAGCUACGUGGCAGUGUUGCUGGUUGGUGCAGCAGUGUUCAAAGUCCUGGAGGAAGCCUUCAGUCCCCCUGUGAAUGAGACAAUAGGACUGCCGAGGAGAUCAGACCUGGAAGGAGUGCUGCAGAACUUCAGCGAUCAUCAGAACUUGAGCGUUUCUCUUCAGGAGUUACUAGGACUCAUCGAUGCAGCAGAUAAAGUCAGAAGUGUGAACGUCAAAUACGCUGAGUCAGUGAACACAACAGCACAGCUCUACAUCGACUUCUUUGACUCUCUGUUCUUCUGUGGCACCAUCAUUACCACUAUAGGGUACGGCCACAUCACACCACAGACUGAUCCAGGAAAGCUCUUCUGUAUUGCCUAUGCUCUCAUUGGCAUCCCCAUCACAUUCUUCUUGCUGGCAGCGAUCGGCAUUAAAAUCGGCGAUGCCAAUCGCUGGGGCGAGAAGAAAAUCAAGCGUGCCUUGAAGGUGUUAGAGCGGUGGCCGGGGGUUCUGCGUUCUUGCACCAUCUUCCUGAUCACUGUGACUGGUUUCGGCAUCUUCUUCUUCGCGCCUGCGUACCUUUUCACGAUCGUGGAGGGAUGGACUUACCUCCACUCCAUUUACUAUGUCUUCAUAACACUCAGCACCAUAGGUUUCGGGGACAUGGUUACCACCUUGCAGGACAUCGAGAAUAUUUACUACGACUACGCCUACAAGAUAGCCGUGAUCAUUUGGAUAAUGAUCGGACUCAGCUUCCUAGCCACCAUCAUAGACCUGAUUUCUGACGCGAUGAAGCAAAUGCAGCAACAGAUGCAGGAGAAUCUGAAGAAUGUGGCGACGGGAGUCAGUUUAGACAAGUUUGGGAACAGCCUGGCCGGUAGCGUUAAGGGCUUAGGCACGCCACAGAUGCUGAAGAGAAAGGGGAAAGGAAAGAAAGGGAAGGCAGAGAGCGCGCCGGAUAUAAGCACAGGUUACGACACGUUGGAGAAGGAGAGGGGCAUGGCCUGGGGGCCUGACAGGGAAACUAUACUAGUCUCUCUUUUCUGCAUAGCGUACGCCCUCAUCGGGAUUCCUAUCACCGUUUUCUUCCUGGCCGGAAUCGGCAUCAAGCUGGGAGACGCAAACCGUUGGGUCGAGAAGAAAGUCAAGACUGCCGUCAGCAAACUGGCAAGAAACCCUGGAGUGAUCCGUAUAGCCACUCUCCUCAUUACUCUAUUCAUAGGUUUUGGUACCUUCUUUUUUGUCCCUGCUUAUAUCUUUACUCUGGUAGAGAAGUGGAAGUAUCUGGAUGCGAUUUACUAUGUGUUUAUAACGCUGAGUACGAUAGGGUUCGGGGAUAUGGUCACUACAGUAAAUGAGCUAGAAGGAGUGGAAGUAUUUUACGAUUACUUGUACAAGGUGGCUGUGAUCAUUUGGAUCAUGACUGGCCUGACGUUCUUGUCCAUGAUCAUCGAUCUUGUACAAGACGGAUUAAAAACGGUGAAACAGAAGAUGAAAAGUGAACUUGAUGCAGUCAAUCUAGACAAGUUUCCAGGGCGUAACAUGUCACUUAUGGCUUUGAAGAAGAAAAGGGGUGGUGGUUCCAAAACUGACAGUCCUGCUGGUUCUAACUCGGCAGUGGACUCUUUGGAAGAUGAUAAGGAAGAAAAAUUGCUUUCUGAGGACAAUAGAGAAAAGGGAAUCAAAGAAACUAUUAUCUGA